GCAAAAAACAAGCAAUUGACGCUCCUCUCACCUGUUUCAUCUGACAUCUCGUAAUUGAGAUCCAGAUCUGGUGUGGCAAGCGCGGUGUAUCGAUUGCCAGGAGCUUGGGCCCAUCCCCCCCCACGGAAACCAGGAACUUUAGCCCUGCAGGUUUCCCCAGGUCUCGUGCAGGAGCUGUGUGAAAUACCUCAACCACCACCUGCUAACCUUGUCCCUCCUCAUCCUUCACUUUCCUCCCUAUAUACCCGUAGGCAAGAUGUCGGCAGAAAAGCCCCUCCCUUUCGUAUACCAGUUCGCGGCCGGUGCUGUGGCCGGUGUCUCUGAAAUUCUGGUCAUGUACCCGCUGGAUGUCGUCAAGACCCGAGUGCAGCUCCAGACGGGCAAGGGCGUCGGCGACGAAGCGUACAAUGGCAUGUUGGACUGCUUUAGGAAGAUCAUCAAGAAUGAGGGUUUUUCGCGGCUGUACCGUGGCAUCUCGGCCCCCAUUCUCAUGGAAGCUCCCAAGAGAGCAACGAAGUUCGCCGCAAACGACUCAUGGGGCCUCUUCUACCGCAACCUCUUCGGCCAAUCCAAAAUGAAUCAAUCGCUCUCCGUCCUCACCGGUGCCACAGCCGGUGCAACCGAAGCCUUCGUCGUCGUCCCCUUCGAGCUCGUCAAGAUCCGCCUCCAAGACAAAGCGCAAGCACACAAGUACAACGGCAUGAUCGACUGCUUCACCAAGAUCGUCAAGCAAGAGGGGCCUCUCACCCUCUACCAAGGUCUAGAAAGCACACUGUGGCGACACAUUCUCUGGAAUGCCGGCUACUUUGGCUGCAUCUUCCAGGUCCGAGCACUGCUGCCAAAAGCGUCGGACAAGAGGGGUCAGAUCGGGAACGAUCUCGUUUCAGGUGCCAUUGGUGGCACUGUCGGCACUAUCCUCAACACGCCGUUGGAUGUCGUCAAAUCGCGUAUCCAGAACUCCCCCAAGGUCGCCGGAACAACUCCCAAGUAUAAUUGGGCAUGGCCCUCUGUUGGCCUCGUCAUGAAGGAAGAGGGCUUUGGCGCUUUGUACAAAGGGUUCCUCCCUAAAGUCCUGCGACUGGGUCCCGGUGGCGGUAUCCUGCUCGUCGUCUUUACCGGCGUCAUGGAUUUCUUUAGGAAAAUGCGCGCGGACUAGGCGUUUCACACUUACAGUCAAUUAAGGAGCUAUGUGUAUGAGUGAGCAUUGAACAAGCAAUCGAGUGAGCAAGCGGGUUCAAUAUACUGAUUCCGUUUCGAUCAUUCCACGUUUGUCAAGAUCCACCGAAGUCUAAGAGCCUUUCUACUUUCUUGAUCGAUGGUCCCCAUGGCUAAAAGGGCAAUGGGCAGGCAUAUAGACUGUACAUUUCCUACCUACGGAACAAAGCUUGUAGAGUACACCAAUUACGUGGCAGGCGUCAUUACCACUUCC